AUGCAGGCCACUAUUAGCAGCCAGAGCCCAGGCCGCACCCACCUUUCCUGCCUGCUGAGCACAGGCUCUGUCCCACCAGGUGCCCAAGAGCGGGACCAUAGGAGGCUGGCUGCGGCAGCCCUGCCCCUGGGCCUCACGACGGCGGCCACCGGAGACGAGGGGAACAAUGGCCCGUGCGUGUACGAGGCCCUGCCUCACAACGACGCUGUCCUCUGCAAGGGCCUUAAGGUUUUCUACCCAGAGUUGGGGAACCUCGGCCGCAUGGUUGUUCUGGAAUGCAACAACUACAGACAGAAGAUCACCUACUGGACCGAGCCGAUCGUCAAGUUCCCUGGGGCCUUGGAUGGUGCAACCUACAUCCUGGUGAUGGUGGAUCCAGAUGCCCCCAGCAGGUCUUCUCCCAUAGCUCGAUUCUGGAGACAUUGGCUGGUGACAGAUAUCCAGGGCGCUGACAUGAAGAAAGGGAAGAUUCGGGGCCAGGAGUUAUCACCCUACCAGCCUCCUUCCCCACCAGCACAAAGUGGCUUCCAUCGCUACCAGUUCUUGGUCUAUCUUCAGGAAGGGAAGACCAUCUCUCUCCUUCCUAAAGAAAGCAAAACUCGAGCCUCUUGGAAAAUGGACAGAUUUCUGAGCCGCUUCCACCUGGGCGAACCUGAAGCCAGCAUCCAGUUCAUGACCCCAAAUUACCAGGACACGCUAAAUCACCAGGCUCCGGGAGGAAGCAGUGAGCCCAAGAACAAACCUGAGCUGAGAUAA